AUCUUUAUCUUCACCUAAAGAAGAAAUUUCAGAAGAACCGCUGACCAACUCUUGUCUUGAAACAACAUUCAUCAAUCAGCUUACCUCUCCACCUGUUACACAAAUCUCCCGUAAAACUGUCACUCAAGAAAUACCAGCAACAGUCAAACUAUCUAGUAACACAGCGUCCAAGUCUAAUAACAGUCAAAGUGCAGGUAUGUCUGAAGCAGGCGAUACCCUGAAUUCCAUAGGAAGUAUGCAGAACCAGUCAGAUUUGGAUUUAGAUCAUGGAAGUUUGCCCUCAGGGGAUGGUCCUCUGCAGACUGUCACUGAUUCAAAAUCUGAAAAGGACGAGACUGAAUCAUUAAAUAAGGAUCAGUCCGAGUCUGUUAGGGGAGCUAACUCUGUCCUAUCAGCAGGAGAAACAAUAUCAGAGAAAACAAAUGAGGAAUCGUUUGUGAUGGAUUCUCGACAUAACACUGGUACUGUUUCAUUAUCAAGUUCUACAAGUCCUAUCGAAGAAAAAGAAGAACAGUUGAUUUCUGACCAAAAAGAACCCAUUCCACAGAAAUUUUCAGAAUCUGGCAAAAGUGAAGUUUGUCAUGUGAGUGAUGAAGGGCAGUCUUCUAAGGACUCAUUGAUUGAAACUGGUGAUAACAAGCCAGAAGAAGGUUCAAAUCAACAACAGGAAGAGAAGUUUGGUGCAUUGUCAGCCCCAUUGGCGAACAAUUUAACAAAUGGCAAAUUGAGGACAAGACGAGCUUCCAUGAGUGAUGUUGCUCGACCUACCCUGAACUUUCUAGGAAACUGGAUAUUGAAGCCAGCUCUACAUGUAAUCGGAGGAGCGGAUCAGCUCUACAUUUAACCAUGUUCAACCAAACAGAAACUCUAACAGGAAGUGUACUGUAUAGUAUAAAGGAUAUGUCUGUAAGAUAUCUACCCAACAGCUGGACUCUAAAUGUGUCUACCAUGGACCACCCAUGGAAGUUAUUUGAACAGAACUAUAUAAUGUCUUUUAUGAGCUGUACUUUCUCCAGCAGCCACCAUGCAUAGAAUUACUUCAUUUCCUGAGUCCUCCUGUUGGAUAUCUUAUUGGAUACUAGAAGUACAAGUUACCUAUUGGGACCAAGGUGUGUUAAUAUUUUUUUUAGUUAUUUUUCUUUUUCAUUUGAUGUAUGUAAUUGUGCUAAUUAUGUUCUCCAGUAGGACCUGAAAAUGUGACCUUUAUAGAGGGGUGCAUGAUGUUGACAGGUGUAUGUAUAGAUUGGUCUCGAUGUAUGAACAAAUAUGAGCUUGAGUAACAUAUUGCCCUUUAAAGGUUUAUUUCUUUACAUCGUACAAAGUUAAUUUUUUAUUUUUAUAUGAAAAGAAAAAUUGUGACAAACUGGCAAAACUAAAAUUCAUCCUUUCUAUAACAAGAAUCAUACAUUAAAAUAAAGAAUCCGAAUAACAUUAUAAUUUGUCAAAUUCACAAAAGACUCCUAUAGCUUAGAGUAUACUAUUUCUAGUCUAUAUUAACAUUAUACAUUGUAUUAUGCUGUAAUUUUUACACAUAAAAUGUAAUUCAAAUUGCUCAUGAGUUAUUGAGAACAUUAGAGAACAUUUGUAACUGGUUUGACUGAAUAUUCUGUUGUCAGGAUGAUAAAAUGUAGGGUAUAUAAAUAUAUAUUUGUGCCAUAUAAGAAAGUCAACUUCAAUUGAUUUUCACCAUAUUUGGUGAACAGAUAUUCAGUUUGUCACUGAGAAACUAUAAAUUAAUACCAGGAUUAAAGCAUUUUUAUUAUUGUGGAAAUCCUACACAUCAGACCAAUUUCUGUUGGAGAUUUUUUUUUUCAAUUGUGUAACAACAUAUGCAAAUGUAUACAUGUAGAAGUACAGGUCCUCUCACGGGCUAGGUGAAACUGUGAUAUAAGGUGUUUCUCUUCAGCCUCAUUUUGAAAAAAAAAUAUAAAAAUCAGGGUAGGUUGUGUAAAGUGUAUAUAAUUUGUGAAAUACUCUCUUCAUAUUUCAUGGUGACCUUGAUUUAUGAUAAAGAUUAAUGACAGAAAUAAAAUUUGCUUUUUAAAGCCUACACAUGUCCUGCAAAGUUACCGCACAUAUUUGCUUACCCACAUUAUAUACAUGUAUGUGGAAAAGAAAUGUGAUGAGUUAAAAAAAACAAUGGGAUUUGUUUAAGACCAAGAAAGAUACCUGAUCUAGUCUUAAUCUGUAUAUACAAAUACUCCACCUUAUGAUAAGCAAUUUUACAGAAAUUGAAAUUUAGGUGAAUGUUCAACUACAGCAGAUAUUGACAUGUAUUUGCUAGGUGUUGAAUUGUUAAUUUUGAAUUUAUACAAAUAUAAAAUUAAUAUAUUUUGUACCAAGAGGAUAUAUAUAGUUAAAAUAAUCUAUGUUCAGACUUAGAAGGUUUUCACAGUUUUAAGUGGUAAUUUUUGUUGUUGCCAUGGAAACCUUUUCUAGAUGAAAUAUUUCAGACUUAAUUCUCCACGAGACAAUUUCAUGAACAUAUUGUAUUAAACUUGAAGGAUGUUUUCACAAAUGAAAAAAAUUAAUAAUGUAAACAUCUGUAAUAACUGGUAUGCUGUAAUCCUAGAUUCAUCUGUUAAAUGUUAAGUGCCUUCUGAGAGAAUCUACAGCUGUCUACACCAUUCUAACACGUGUACAUAUACUGUGUUGUAAGUACUACAUCUGAGACUGUGUAUUUUAAAAGACAGGAUCUUAUGUAAUAAUAUGAUAGAAUGUAUUUCUUAAAUUGUUGUCAAUGCUCUAGAUGUUUCUUACUACAUGUAUGUAGAAAUGAGAUUACUUUAACAACAGCAGUUUAGAAAUGCAAUUUGAGCUGUCUAAAAGAUGUGUAGAUAAGACAUGUUUAUAAGGAUUUAUUUAUAGUACAAAAGCAUGCUACCAGAUGUAUUGUAAUAAUGUUUCUAAUUAAGUCAUUAAAAAUAAUAUAGAGCAUAAAAUGCCUUAAAAUGUCCACAGCAUGCUUAUUUACUCGGAAAAUUAGUUCUUAUAAACUCAUCUCUUCAUCAUUUAUAUACCUGUGCCAUAAAACAGCAAUCACUUCCAUUUUGUAUAUAUACAUUUAUAUAAACAAUUAUAAACUGAUUCACUCCCUUUAGUAAAAACUAUCAAAAUGACGUCAUCUUUUCUUAACAUUUAGGACAUUGUGCAUACUCAGUGAUAAUUGUAUUAGUGGAAGUACUUCUAAGGUUGUUUACAUGUCACCUAUAAAUAUUCUUUAGGUUGAACUUCCAUGUUGUAUUAAAAUAAUUGUCAUAUUAGAUGUAUCUUUCAUUCACUAGUUAGUUUGUAUAAACAUAUAUUAAUUUGAACCUUUUUUGAUAUUCAUGUCAUCUUGAACUAUUAAUCCCCUGUUGCAGCAAAACUGUGUCAAAUAAUCAGUGGGAACCUAAAAAAAUGAUUAUUUUUAUCAAAUUAUUGUAUGGAUUUUCGGCAGUUAUUGCCCAUCACCAGAUAUAUACCCACGGUUGAUCGCAAUACACUACACUGACUACCCGGUGAUAAGUGUAGCAAUCAACUGUGGGUAUCCAAUAAUCAAUAUUGCCCUGUCAGGGACAAUAUAAAAUGACUUGAGUUGCCAACAUGAACAUUGGAUAUCACAUGUGUUUACAUUAACUCCUUAUUAUAAUAAUAAUGACAACAAAAUCAACAAAGUAAGGUUGUUUUUUUUUCAUUAUUAUUAUUAUUGAUUUAUUUUUUUAACGGUACAAAAUAUUUUAAUCAAGAAGUAAGGAGUCAUUGGUUUAUUAUUAGGUUUUAGGUAUCAGUUCAUCAGCCACCGUACAAGAUCUAGAUCGAGAAAACCUCUUUAUUAUAUAUACCUUAGGUAUCAGUUCAUCAGCCAUCGUACAAGAUCUAGAUCGAGAAAACCUCUUUAUUAUAUAUACCUUAGGUAUCAGUUCAUCAGCCAUCGUACAAGAUCUAGAUCGAGAAAACCUCUUUAUUAUAUAUACCUUAGAUAUCAGUUCAUCAGCCAUAGUACAAAAUAUAGAUAGAGAAAAUCUUGUUAUUAUACCGGCGGACCGUGUUUGAUACACGGUGUUGUGUUUGAAUUGACAGAGAGUUGUGAAAAGGAUUGUUUGUUAAUUGGCAAGGUGUAUCAUCUCAUGAACAGCCAAUGUCAGUAUGAGGCAGCUUCCUCUUGUAGUAGCUUGUGUCUACCUUGCUGAACAAAAUCUGAUGGGAUAGGGUAAAGUGUCUGGCCCAGAGCACAACCACAGCAGCACACAAAUAUGGUCAAGUUUGUCCAUGAUCUCCACUUCCUGUGGAAACACAAACUGCCCUUCCUUGUGUAGGAAACAAAUGGCCACCUCAGCUCUUCACUUGAUGCUCCAACAGUCUGAUGCUGACUGAGUUUUGUCAAAGCCCUGAAGUUUAGAUAAAAGGUUCUAGGGAAUAUGUACCUUGUUGGUAAAUAAGAGGAAGUAAACAUAAGGCAUCAUAUCAAGGUUUUAUUGUAGAGAUAAUUUUAUAAAGAAUUUUUAGGGGUUUGGUAUUUUUUGAUUUUUUGAUGAUUUUUUUUUGUCAAGAGUAAAUUAGGACAAAUUAUAUCGGAGCUUUUAGUUGUCGCUAUUUGAUCUAUAUUUGCUGUAAUAUGCCACAUUUAUUUAUGCCGUAGUGAAAUGUUCAAUGUAUUAUGUUCUAUUUCUUAAUGGUUUUGUAUGCAGUUAAUCAAUAUGUACUUUUAUAUAUGAAAAAAAAAUAUAUUGAAUUUCUAUUAAGAUUUUCAAAUUAAACUUAUUGUCAAAACCAAUUAGACAGUAACUCAUUAGAUAGAUCAAUAUUGUUCAAAGUUAAAUUUCAGCAUCAGGAAUGACUGGUAUGUGACCUGUGUUUAUAUUUCAUUAGAUGUAGUUUGUUAUAUAAAACAGCAAUAUGUGAUCUUGAGAGAAUCAAUAUAAUCAUGUUAUGUUCUGAUUUCUAUAGAAAUAGUCUUUUUCUGUAAUUUACUCUUUACAUUGAAGUUCAACAUGUGUCUUUAUAUAUUGUAUGUGCAAUCAUCAAAGCUUCCUGUUUUGUGAUGUUGUUUUUUUUUGAGAUUUUUUUGAGUUUUUUUUUUAAUCAGAAUUCACAUACUUUUGAGUUUGAAAAUGAAAAAUAAUGUCAAUCAAUUGUUUUCUUGGUCUAUUGUGCAUGAUCUUUUUUAUAGCCUCGAAUUUAUUACAUGUACAUGGGACAAAAAAUACUUACUUUUUCUUACAUGUCUGGAUUUCAGAAAAAUUUUCGUUUAACAGAAUAAAAAAAAAUUCCCCAAAAAAACCUUAAAUUUCAGAAAAUUUUCCUGUCAGCUGGUAAAGAAAAUACAACAGUUUUUAGGCUGCCAGAGCAAAAUUUAAAGUAAUGAUUUGAAAUCUUCAUGUAAGCAUAUUGUAAACUGAUAAUAUUUUUUCAUUGUUAUUACAAUUAAAUUUGUGUUCAAAUAAUAAUUGCAACUAUUAUAACAUGACAUUGUCCUUGAAAUGUUGUCAUAUUGUCACCAAGAUGUUUAUGUUUAGUAGUUUAAGUGUAUGUUAUGUGACAGUCUAUAAUAUUUAUUGCAAAAUAACCUACUUAAGAAUAUAUGUUUGAUGAUGUUUGAACUUAUAGGGACUUGACACAAAUGUAUGUGGACAAAAGAUUGGGAUUUUGUGUAUACAUGUACAAUGUUGUUUAGAUUUUCCACCUAUUUUCCUUUUUAAUCACCAUUAUGAGAUGGUGGGCUAUUCAAAUCAACCUACGUCUGUGGUCCAAGGUACUUUGGCCAUUCAUCGUCCAUUUAUCAGUUGAUAAUUUUUAAUGUCGGUAUUUCUGUUAAAGUACUCGAGGGAUAUUUCUCAACUCUAACAUGUAUGUUUCCCUUGGUCCCUAGUUGUGCCCAUUUAAUUUUGAAUCUGAAUUGGAAAACAAAAUGGCCACCAGCUGCAGGCUUCAAAAAUCUUAAGAUUUUGACAGUUUUCUUAGACUUCAUAUUUAGAUUCCCCAUAUCCUGCUAUCAAAUGAGUUAGAGGGGAAGGAAGGGAAAAGUAGAGAAAAGAUCAGUGUUACCUAGGACUGAUCAAGAUUAUUUAAUAGUGGGCACCAGGAUUCCUCUGGGAUCUCGUUUUUUUUAUUUAUUUACUAUUUUCAUUAUAACGACUGCUUCAGAGCACAGGGGCCCACAUGUUUCUAAACAAAUACACUAUAAUGAUCAUUUGUGUCAAGUCCCUGUGAUUCAGCAGGACAGUUUGUGACUCUUGGUUGUAAUCAAGCCUUUAUUUUCCUAUUUUCAAGAAUAAGGUAAAUUAAUAUGGAUUGAAAUCCAAGAAGGCAACCAUUCCUACCAUUUUGAAAAACACCUUUUAAAACUUGUCAACUUCUGGUGACAUUUGAGCAGAAAAUUGAUGGGAAUGUUAAGGAAAGAAUUCAGGCAAAGUGUUGUUUUUUGGCCUUCCACCAAUGGAGAUAUAGUAGUCCAUGACAGGUCAUUUUAUCUUUAUUUUGUAAUAUAAUUGUUCAAUGAUAGUGAAAUCAACUGUGAUUAUCCGAUGGUAAAAUUGGUGUUUGAAUAUCUUACUGGAAGAAAACCAGUAUUUGCACUCUAAAAUGGUACAGUAUUACAUUGUAUGUGUACAAAUAACAUGUAACAUCCUCAAUAGACUCUUUAUUGUACUUCAAAUAAUGAAAGUAAAAUUUUCUGGUUCAGUAAAGGGCAGACGCUUCUAAAAUCUAUGGUUUUACCUUUAGCAUUCGUAACAGAUCAUUGUUGUGCCUUUCAGUGUGUCCAUGCUAUGUAUGUGAUGACACACACCUGUACCUGUGUAUGUGAUGACACUCACCUGUACCUGUGUAUGUGAUGACACACACCUGUACCUGUGUGUUUGUUGACACUCACCUGUACCUGUGUAUGUGUUGACACUCACCUGUACCUGUGUAUGUGUUGACACUCACCUGUACCUGUGUAUGUGUUGACACUCACCUGUACCUGUGUAUGUGAUGACACUCACCUGUACCUGUGUGUGUGUGUGUGUGUUGACCCACACCUGUACCUGUGUAUGUGAUGACACUCACCUGUAUAUGUGUAUGUGAUGACACUCACCUAUACCUGUGUAUGUGUUGACACUCACCUGUACCUGUGUAUGUGUUGACAUUCACCUGUACUUGUGUUUGUGUUGACAUUCACCUGUAUAUGUGUUGACACUCACCUGUACCUGUAUACGUUUUUUUAUUGCUUUUAUAAAUAAAACGCCAUGAUAAUCUAAA